AUGGCGCCAGCAUCGCCGUCCGCCUCUACGGCAGCCCCCAAACUCCCCGCCUCGGCAGACUUCAACGCCCUCUACAACCGCAUCUCCCUCGCCUCCGCAAAACAAGCAACCUUCCUCACCUCGAUGCGCGCAAAAUACCCCUCCCUAGCACGAUCAUCUUCCUCCUCCACACAAGCAACAACCUCCAGCAACGCCGCCACGCCAGGCACCUUUUCAUCAAUGUCGAAACCCACCUCCUCAACCGAGACCACAACCACAGCCACCUCAACAACCAGCCGCCCCCGAGCUCCCGCCGACGACGCGGACCUCCGCUUCGAAAACCCAAACACGGGCCUCGGCUUCGCGACCUCCAAAGCGGACCAGACCACCUCCGCCGCAACGCGGGACCUAAGCCGCCGCCUCCUCGGCAACAAACGCGGAGGAGGUCGCGCCGCAGACGACCCGAAAGCCCUCGCCGCCGCGGCGCUCAAGAAGCGCAGGCUACAAGACGACGAGAGCGACGAGGAGGAAGGGAGAGGUAGCUGGGGCAAGAGCAAGAAGAAGAAGACCAAAGUCCAUCAGGAGGAGGGGGAGUCUGCCGGACCCGAGGCGCUCGUACACCCGGCGGCACGGGAACGGGGCGAUGUCGAGAUGCGCGAGGGCGGAUUGGACGACACGGAAGAUCAAAUACACGACAAUGGCCAAGACAGCAAAGAGGAUGCUCCGAUCGCUAGUCCGAUCCAGCCGGAAAUAGCGGCGAUGGACCCCGCCGAGGGGGAUGAGGCCGAUAAGCGACCCGAGACAGACGAAGCCACCAAGGAACGGAAAAGGAAUAAGAAGAAGCGGAACAAGGAGAACAAGAAAAACAAGAUGGCAGCGGCCGCUGCCGCUGGAGGAGAAGGUAGCGUCGGAGCCGCUCAAAAGAUAUCAGUGGCCUAG